ACCAAAAAGGCAAAGCAACCACCUUGGAGAAUAAUAAACUAGUAUUAUUAUAGAAGAGAGGCAGGGUCAGGUACUUGGAAUCCCCCGGCGAGUUACCGGCCAGUGUUUUGAAUGGUGGGAGGCGAGUCAGGGGCGAGUCUGUACAAAGUUCUGGUGGAUCGGUGCCAGAGUCUGGAAGCGAAUCAGGCGAGGCUAAGGGAGGAGUUUGAUGAACUUAAGGCAGAGCAGAAGAAGAGAAAAGCUGAAGUGAGGAAUGAUUCUGGUGAGGAGAUGUCGGAUUCUGGAUGCGGACUGGUCACCGGAUUCUUUUUGGCGGGGACUCCUUACCGGAGCAUGUUGGAAUCCAUUGGACACGCUAUUCAUGUCUGCUCAGCUUCAUCAGGAGAGAUCAUAUACUGGAAUCGUUCUGCUGAAAAGCUCUAUGGAUGGAGGUCCCAGGAGGUUAUUGGACUAAGAGCAACUAAGCUUAUUAUAGCUGAAGAAUACCAUGAACCCCUAAAUAAAAUUAUGGAGAGGUUGAGGUCCGGACAAUCAUGGUCAGGUCAGUUCCCUUUCAAGAAGAGGUCAGGUGAAAUAUUUAUGGCCAUGGUGAGCAAAAGCCCAUUACAUGAGGACGGUGAACUCACUGGUUUUAUCACUGUUUCAAGUGAUGCGGCAAUAUUUAAUAUGGUGAAUUCAGAUAACAUUAGAACAUAUCAGGCUCACAGCAAACUACAUGGAUCUAACCCAAAAAAGAUUCAGUGGCACCCGCCACGACCACGGAUUGCAUCAUCUGUCUCUAAUCUGGCCUCAAAGCUUCUACCAAAGAAACAACGAGAUGAUGCAUAUAAUUCAUGUAUGAGUUCAAGGGAUGAGAAUGGUGCUACAAAAACCAAGGAAGAUAAUUUAGAGAGGUUCAAUAAAGUGGAAGGUAAAUCAAAUUCCAAUUUCCAUGACCAUAGAAGCACAGCUGGAAGGAGGAGCUCAAGAAAGGAUGAUAAUGCUUCUCAACAUUCAAAAUUUGCAGCACGGAUCUUGGCAAAACUGCACAUCAGAGAAACCAACAACUGUGGAGAAGAAAAUGAUGACAGUGUUGGGAAAAAUAGUGCAAGUGACACAUUAUUAAGGAUUAGCAUGAUGAAUGAGUCUGAUUCUCACAGAGGUUCAAAGACAUCACCUUCACACCACUCCACUUCUCACUGUGCAGCUAAGACUUCAAUUUCGCAUGUUGCACAACAUGCAACUCAUAGGUCUUUUAAAGAGAAUUCUGUUGUAUCAUCUUCAACAGAGUGCAAUGGAUAUUCUAGGUCAGCUAAAACUGGGGAUUCUAUGCCAGUAUUGUGGAGCCUAUGGAAUGACACUGAAGUGGUGCUAGAGGUACCAAAUUUGGAAUGCAUGGAGGUGGAGGAUGAAAUCCAAAAAUUUCCUGAUUGUGGGAUUCAUUGGGAGGACCUCCUUUUAGGGGCGGAGAUUGGAGAAGGUUCUUAUGCUGUUGUUUAUCGUGGAAUUUGGAAUGGAUCAGAUGUUGCAGUUAAAGUCUUUUUUGGGAAUGGCUAUAGUGAAGGAACAUUAGAAGACUACAAAAAAGAGAUUGAUAUAAUGAAGAAACUGAGGCAUCCAAAUGUACUGUUGUUCAUGGGAGCAGUAUAUUCACCAGAACGACUUGCCAUUGUCACGGAGUUCCUGCCUAGGGGAAGUCUUUUCAAAACACUUCACAAGAAUAAUCAGGUUCUGGACAAUAGAAGGCGCCUAAGAAUGGCCCUUGAUGUGGCUAGAGGCAUGAAUUAUUUGCACCAUAGGAAUCCACCUAUAGUGCAUAGGGACCUCAAGUCUUCUAACUUGCUUGUUGAUAGAAACUGGACUGUCAAGGUUGGGGACUUUGGCUUAUCAAGAUGGAAAAAUGCAACCUUCAUAACUGCAAAAUCCGGAAGAGGAACUCCUCAAUGGAUGGCCCCGGAAGUUCUUAGGAAUGAACCUUCAAAUGAGAAGUCUGAUGUCUUCAGUUUUGGCGUUAUAUUGUGGGAACUAAUGACUGUCUCAAUUCCCUGGAACAAUCUGAACUCAUUACAGGUUGUCGGAGUGGUAGGCUUCAUGGACAGAAGAUUAGAACUACCAGAGGGUCUUGACCCUCACGUCGCCUCCAUCAUCCACGAUUGCUGGCGGAGUGACCCAGGACAACGACCGUCUUUUGAAGAUAUCAUCCAUAGAAUGACAGCCAUCGUCAACAAAUCCCUGGUUCGAAGGAGCUUGAAAUCUUGAACAUGCCACGAGGAUGUUGUCUCGACCCAAUUUUGACUCCACAUGUAUAAUAAUUGUAGCUGCUGAUGGGAAACGAAAGGGAACCCAUCAGCAGCAGGGGACGAAAGAAUUGAGUUUGUAGGCCAACAGGCAGACGAUGGUUUUUUUUGUAGAUGUAUGAAUCUUUGUUGAUAAUACAGGGAAAAGAGGAAG